AUGGAAUAAUUUGUUGCUAUCUCCAUCAGUAAAACAGGAGUAGUAUUUCUAAGUGAUAACUACAGGCACAAAGAAUUUGAGGUUGUUUUUAGCGAAGAAGGAAACAAAGUCAUCAAGAGUUUAAACAAGUAGAAAAAUAAUUUAAAUUAAAAACACAUUUACAGAAUGAAUUCCUCAAAAUGA